GCCCACUGAGGUGAUAAAAAAAUCAUUUUUCUGUGCUACAACUGCCAUUGGCGCUGUUAUCGUUUCAUCGGUAAGAAGAUACUCAAGAAUAAACAAAACAAAUGUUUCAAAUAAUCCAACUUUGAGAGAAUGGUCAUCGCGGUAUAUUCAUGUAAAGAAACUACCAACACUACAACAUUGAUAAUUUAAGAUAUUUUUAAAUAUAAAAAUUGCGACACAUGGUCUAAAAAACGUUCUUUCGAAUACACUAAUACUUUUUGUCAGAAAAUUCUCCGUUUGUCCAGACAAAAAUUCACAAAGAUGCAAAUUUCUUCGGACGGCCUAAGUAGACUUCCCCCCCUUAAGAAUGCCGUUUUGUUCCGCCAUAUUGGAUCCAUCGUGUUGAAUUUCUAAAUUUUGAGUUCGGAUUUGGAGUCGAGACUUCCAAAAACUCUCGUGUACCAAGUUUCAUCGGAAUCGUUCGAAAGGAAAAAUGUAUGCUUCGAAGGAUUAAACAAUAUUAGAUAUAAUUUAGCCCUUGAUAUGAUUAACUGUUGCCAAGAACAUGACCCAUUAUCUAUAAUAGUAAGUUAUCAAGUAACAAAUUAAGUUUUGAUGAAGUCAAAGUUGACUUCAUCAUCAAAGUCAUGAAAUUUUAUUUAACGCAAUGUGGUAAUAUCCAUUUUAUAAAUAAUAGAAUAGGAAAUGUUCCGCCUCGUCGUUUGAAUUUUGAGGGGUCGUUUCCACCCCGUAAAUACGAAAACAGACCAAAAUAAAAAAAAAAAAAAAAAAAAUACGAGUCGAAUAUUUUUCGAUUUUCUAUACAUAUGCGAAGUUUUUUCAAAAAUUUAUUCAAAGUUUAUUGAAAGACAUUCCCUGUAAGUACUUUUGUCUCGUUUACUCCUCUUUCCCCUGUGCCAUCUUCCAUCUCGCUAUGGUAUCAUCCCCCAAGCUAAGGACUAACGUCCCCAUACGUAUGAAUGGGCAGAGCUGAAACACGAAGACUCAUGCGCGCGCUUCGAAAAUCAAAAUCAAUGCGGUAUCACCCCUCAGAACUCUACACCGGCCUUGCUCUGGUUGCCCACGCCCUUAGUGUGCCUCGUACUUCCGUCGCGAACGCAUCCUUCGUGCAAUCAUCGUUGAUUUGCGUUCUCCUCUCUCCCUCACUCUGCUUCUCCUCCCCCCUCUUUCUCUCUAUCUAUCUGUGUUUUUCUCAAUUUCUCCCUUUCUCGCUUAUCGCCUCGCUUACUCUUUCGUGCGUCUACACGUAUGCGGGAUACAUGAUUAUAAUAUAACACACGCGGUUCGUCCUUCCCCCUUAUCUGUGUGUCUGGCUUGUCGUAUUGUCCGUCUUUCCUUGGGUUUAGGUGCUCGGCACGAGUGAAUCAAAAUAACGAGAAUGUGUCGUUGAUGUUUGGUGAAAAAAGGGCGGUACUUAUGCAACUUCGAAUCUCUAGUGGUCAAUAAUCGCUUCGAAAUACCUUGUGUACCCCCGAUGCACCGCGAGAUUUUCAAUCCAGUUUGUUCAUAUGUAUUUUUCUCCUGUUUUAUUUUUUUUUUGUUUUCUUUUAAAUAUUGGCCUCGAGUGACUACGAGUAACUCGAGAUAGAUGGAAAUUCGUGGAUCUGUGUGCCUCGAGUUUCGUUUCUGACUUUGUUGUCGGUGGUGUUUUGACUGUUACGAGCCAUAGAAAAUUUCUCAUGGAUUUUCGUUGUUUCGUUCUUCAGUUGGAUUCCGUGCUCUCGUGUAUAUCGCCACUUGAUAACACUUUCUGUUGUCAGGAAUUUUUAUACAUUUCUAAGAGAUGUCUAAACUUUUAAGUGUCUAUGCUUUUAAAUGUUUAUACUUUUAAAUGUAACUUUGGUACGAUCUAAGCUUUCCAAGUGGUACAGGAAGUUCGUCAAUCCCCCAGUCCCUUUUUCUCUGAUUCUGAAAAGUUGAAAUCACUUUGCGUUCUCUCCCAACAAACGGUCAUUACUAUCCUACCACGCCUAACGGUUCGGCGAUUUAGUUCUCAUAUUAGAAUAAGCAAACUGUCUUACGUUACGGUAUUUUAAUGCUUUUGUUUCCUGCGUUUCAUAGUAAGAGCUUCGACCAAAAACAAACGAAAACAAAAGAAAAAACAAAACGUAUAAAAUGAUGAACGCAGAGAAGAAACAAAAUGUAAAAUGUGUUGUACGAUUAUGGAACCGAUGAAUUUUAUCCGAGUGGUUGAGUGCUAUGUGCGAACACAUGGAAAAAGACUGUUUUAUGUACCAAAGUGAAGUCCAUAGUCUGCCAAUUAACAUGGAAGCAAUAUUGUUAAAGCCGCUCAAGAUUUUCGAGGAGUAAAUUGGCCCACUUAUUCCAUUACAGCAACAUCACGUUACGCAUUCAAAGAAUUCUUUCUCUCAGAGCUUGCUAUCAAAGUGCUAAAUAUCGGGCGUGAUCAAACACUCGACACGAUCGGAGCUUGUUUCACGACCUCCACGGAUAGUUCAUCAAAAAGCAGAAACAAGGUGGAGCUUGGAGAUCAUCAUGCUGAGGGUCGCCAAAAAUGUCCAAAAUGAUUUCCCUUCCUUCGUCUGUACACUGCGGCGUGUUCGAGUAUGGUAGCUUGCACAUUCCAGGGAAUAUUCGCAUUGAUGGUCUCUACGUCGCCCUGGAAACUCGUAUGGAUCAUUUAGCUGAUCGCACAUCAACGUUGAGGAAGCUAUGCAACACUUGACGCAUCCCUAAAUUUCGUAAAUGAGAAGUUCGCGCGGUAAUUUUCGCGACAGUGUACGUCCGAGGAACGCAAGUUUGUAUUAACAUAUACGCUUGCAUGUGAAGGCAACGAGGAAGAGUUUGUAGAGAGAUUGAGAUUUAUAAAAGGAUGCCUUGGCUCAAUACGUGAUAUGUAAGAAUAAAAGAAAAAAAAAAAAUAUUUCUAAAUAUAUGCGGGAAGGAAACAGUAGUCGGAGAGAAAAAGGGAGAGGGGGAGAGGGAAAAAGAGGGAGAGGGGGAGAGAGAACGAAUGCGACAAAAGGGAGGAAACGUGGAACGAGAAAAAGUGGAUCGUCGUUGAAAACAAUAGUAAAUACUUUCGAGGGAGUAACGGACAAGCCAAAAAAUUCAAAUAGAAACGAGAGUACAGAUUCGAUAUAUUUCUACUAACUCCUCUUCGACGACAAAUGUUAAAUGUUUUAAAUAGUAAAAUCGAAACGAUGUACUUGCUGUGUCCGAAUAGAAGGGAAAUGAAUUCUAAACGAUACAAAAUGAAAGAUAAAUAAGAGAUUUUUGUAUGCUAAACAACGUGUUCUAAGUAGACAAAUAUUAAACAAGUGACAAUUUCGGCUAACGAAGGAGACUCACUUAGAAGAAGGAAGACAAGAAUAAACGCUCAAAGAUCAACAAGAAGCUAUACUUGAAAUAAAAAGAAAAAUAAAUAAAUACAAAAAAAAAUGGGUUAAAAUUAAUUGUACCUAAUAGCAGGGAAAACGAAAUCGAAGUGAAACGAAAGAAGAAUGUUAUUCGAGUCUAAAUGAAAAUAAAAUUCGUAAGAAAGCGAGACUAACGACACAUUCAGAACAAAUAAAAUAUUGUUCAGUGAAGGUGAACUCUCCAGACAUGAAUGUGACUUCAAUCGUGGAUAUUUCCGGAAACGAGAGUUACAAUGUGACCAACGGUCUUGAUUGCGGCGGUGAACCACACUCGUACGCAUUAUGGGAGCGUGUGAUGAUAGUGAUCGUUGCCGUUUUCCUCAGUGUAAUAACCGUUGUUGGAAAUAUUAUGGUGAUGAUAUCGUUCAAAAUCGACAAACAGCUGCAAACUACCUCCAAUUAUUUCUUGUUCAGUUUAGCAGUCGCUGAUUUUGCAAUCGGUCUAAUUUCUAUGCCCCUGUUCACGCUUUACACCGUGCUUGGUUAUUGGCCGUUGGGACCGCACGUGUGCGACACCUGGCUGGCGUUGGAUUACCUGGCCAGCAACGCAUCGGUUUUGAAUCUUCUUAUCAUCAGCUUCGACAGAUAUUUCUCUAUAAUGCGGCCUCUUUCCUAUCGCGUCAAGAGAACGACUUCGAAGGCAGCCAUUAUGAUUGCAUCUGCAUGGGGAAUAUCAUUACUCCUGUGGCCACCAUGGAUUUAUGCUUGGCCAUAUAUCGAAGGACAGAGAACAGUGCCCGAUAAUGCCUGCUACAUACAAUUUAUCGAAACAAAUCAUUACAUCACAUUCGUUACUGCAAUUGCCGCAUUUUAUGUUCCUGUUACUGUGAUGUGUAUUCUUUACUGGAGGAUAUGGAAAAAAACCACGAAUAGGCAGAAAAUUCUCCCGUAUUUGCAAGCAGGGAAAGAGGAUGCUAGCAGACGGAAAGCAACUGGUAGCGGGGCAUUGGGUAUGGAUGACAGUCGGAGGCCUAGGAGUGAGUCCAGCACAGGAGAUGACAUGAAUACUACACAUAUCGCAGCCUCGUAUCUCGAGAAACAUUAUCCUCAAUAUAAAACAAAACAUAGACCUUUUUCGUGGAUGUGGCUCAAAGUGUGGUGCAUCGCCUGGUGGCUAAGCGGUCGCGACGACGACGACGACGACGACGAUGACGACGAUGACGAUGACGACGAUAUCGAGGGCGCGGAGAGUAGCCGUACAGGGCAAGGCUAUGACGAAGCUAUAACGCCACUAUCAGCAGAAACUCCUCUUACUGGUACGGUGUCUCGAUCUGCUUCUAUAAGUGGAAUUCAUUCUACAACUCUAACUAUUGACAAAAGCAUCAGUAUUGCUGACAACCACGAGUACAGAAAGUCAGGGAAAGUCGGUGAAUUAUCAACGACAAGCAUCUCCAGUGAUUCUGUCUACACAAUUCUAAUCCAGCUACCAAAGCGAGACGGCAGCGGUAUAGGGAAAUACCCGGAAGGGCUGAGCAUAAAAAUGUACCACGACGAAGCUGUGCCGUGUCAACUUCACAGCAUGAUCGAGAAUGCCGACGAGAAAAACGGAAAGAUAUUUCGUCUAGGAGGUACGUUAUCGAGCCCACCGUCGAUAAUCAGGAGACCAUCGCAAAUGCAUGAUAUAAGAAUACCUUUGAAUACGAAGAACAUUCCGAAAGCAUUAGCAAGUAAGGAAACCGCGAACAAAACUGCGGACAAAAAGAAAACGAAAAUACAGGACAAGAAAAGUGAACGAAAAGCGGCAAAGACUUUAUCGGCCAUAUUACUGGCGUUCAUCAUCACUUGGACACCGUACAAUAUUCUUGUCCUGAUCAAAUCUAUCACAGCCUGCUCGUGGUACAUACCACAGGAACUCUGGGACUUUUUUUAUUACCUUUGUUACAUUAAUAGUACUGUGAAUCCGAUGUGUUAUGCUCUCUGUAAUGCGGCUUUCCGAAGAACCUAUGUGAGAAUCCUCAAGUGUAAGUGGCAUAACAGAAACAGGAGUGGCGUGUUCACGCAACACAAUUUAAAGAACAAUUCCAUUUGAGAAAAGAGGAAAACUUGACGAAACAAAUUUCACGCAUGAUGCGUUCACUUUAUACAGGAUGUAAUAUGUGGGAAUCAAUUUACAGCAUUUUAAAACAGUAAAUUACGGUUUCUAUAAACGAAUGUCUGGCUUCGUUUUGUUUACAAGUUGUAAGUGACUUUAUGUUUCGGUAAUACUUGGAGAAAUUGUAAAUACAAUCUUGCCUUCGAAAGUUAUGUCAGGUUUGUAUAUUGGACUAUCGAUGGCCAGGUCAGUUUGAAAUAAUAAUAAUUACAGGCCAUUACGGAUGGGAAAUCUUUCGUAUAACAUGAAACAUUACUGUUGUAUUACGACGUCCUUUGUAAAACUAUUUUAAACAAAGUUUUAUUGACUCCGAGGGUAACGGAGAUAUUCGAGGCGAUCAAAGUUAUUACUCUAUUUGUAGCACUCGAAUUGAAUUGAAUCGAAUCAAAUAGGACUUUCUCAUUUUGUAAUUCAAGGCUUCGUUAUCAAGAUAUAAACACAGUUCAAGUAAAAAGUUGAAAACUUGUAAAAACCUGGGUGAUAACUAGACUGCGGAACGUGAUGCAAAAUAAAAUCUUUGUAAACGUACCUAGACAAAUGAAACCUAAAUAAGAAUUAACUUUAUUCUGCAAAUAUUAGAAUAUGAACUCUACUUUCGAUAUUUUUUAUAUUAUUGCAUACUGUGUGCAUUUUGUACAUUAAAAUUUCCUAUAAAUGCAUAAAGAUCCGCAGUCUCGUGAUAACAGUUGACAUAGACACAAAUGUCUCAUUUGUGAGUGCAUUUUGUUCUCAAUUACAUUAUUAACCCUUUGCUUUGUACGUUGAGUGAGACUCGACAGAACUGAAAUCAGAAAACUGUUUCUAUCUAGAUAAUGAAGCUACACAUUAUGAAACAGCAAAGGACUCUUUGAUCUCAUUGCACAUAUGGAAUUAAUUUUGAUAAACGUGGAAGGAAGGAAAGCACGUACGCUUAUAUAUGAAUUGAAGGCAUACUUGUAGGAAAGGUAUUGUUGUAUAUUUUAGUGAACAGUAUGAGAAAUCCUACCACACACCAAUGGUUCAUUCUUGUGGUUACUACUUUAGAUUUCACUCUUUUGCUUGCUUGCUUGCUUGACUAAUUUUUUAACAGUAUUAAGGUCAUGCAGGUCUGGUUUAUUUUGAUACUAUUCUAUACAAAACAUAUUUACUGUCGCUGGAAGGGAUCUUGUGAGGUCGUAAAGUCGGUUGGACAUCGAUCUUUACAACUUAAGUCGACCGCAAUUAGUAGUCUGACACCUUAUAAAGUACACUCUGAUACUUUUCUUUUAAGGAGUUUCAAUUUUUUCAUUUUUCUUUAAUUUUUUUAUUUCCAAAGGUUCCUUUUCUUUGGAUGGAUAUCUUUUAACAAAUUGUAGCAUGAUUGAAUCAGCAAUUUGUAAAAUUACUCUACUUAUUGAAGAUACUGUGGUAGGUAGGAAGUUAGUUAACCAAUCAUCGUCAAGAGUUUUUUAUUAUUCCAGUUUGGAGAAACUCGAGAUACUCGUAAUAAAACAUAUUUAGUCUUGGGGCUCCGUGGUGCAACUUGGGCAUGUACAACUUAGAAUCGCGACAUCCCUGUCGUCCGAGGGAUCAGUUUACCUGUGCCAAUAAAGCAAUAACUACUGUUUCGGUUUACGACCUCACAAGAUCCCUUCCAGCGACUAUACAGUGGGUGCAAAAAGUAUUCGUACACCAAUCAAUUUCCAAAAAAAACUGUGUAAAAUUGUAAUUUAUGAACUUAUUUCUUAUGAACAAUGACAUUCUACAUAUUCUCUGAAAUCUCUAGAAUAGAUAGAUUACAAAAAAGAUAGCUAUUUAUGUAAGUUGCGAAAUUAACAAGAAAAAAACAAUUAAUCGAUGGAAAUGUUGAAGCAAUAAGUAUUCGCACAACUGUUUAAAAGUACUUUCCUGUAAAUUUGAUGAUUUCUAAUUCGCACGGAGCAAUAAACUAAUGUGUUUACUGUACAAACUCUACUGUAAAUGGUUCGUCAUAAGAAUCAUACAAAUACUUAUUGCUUCUAUACUUUUAUCCACUUUUUGCAUUUUUUUGUUAAUUUCACAAAUUGUAUUAACUAGUAAAUGUUGUUUGGACUAUAUCUAUCUUAGAGACUUCCGAGAAUAUGUAAGAUACCAUUGAUUAUAAAAAAAAAAGUUAAGAAACUACAAUAUCACAGAAAAGUUUUUUGGGAAAUUGAUCGGUGUACGAAUACGUUCUACAUCCACUGUACAUACUUUUCUCUCUUCUAUUUUCUCUUAUUGCUCUAUUCCUUGGCUUAAUAGCCUUACAAGGAGCUAGGGUACCUCGGGUUCGCCAAACCCGUACUACAGCUGUGAUUAAACACAGCUAUAGCCCCUGAGGGUUCGUUCGCAUCGUUGUAAAAUCAACUGAUGUGCCCAUCCCGAUGUAAACUUUAGCAUGGUACAGUUUUACAGAUCACUGCAUUUCGUUCUUCUAAUAAGAGCACUGACAAGGACUUGAUAUACUAUAAUUCUGCCAAGAUACAAUGUUUAGAUAAUAGACAACGGGAAUGUAGAUCAAAUAUUGGAUGUUGUUUAUAAAUAAUUAACACGUUCAACGCCGCGUCACCCAUAUAUAUUAAAAAAUGAACUUUGAAGAUCAGGCGUUAAGGAAAACAAGUCUGUAUAGAAUUCGCGAAAUUUGCUCGAAUUGUAAAACUAAUUGCUAACGUAAAUGUUAGAUUGUAUAGUUUCUAAUUGUACGAGAAGAAAAUUUUAGCUUAGUAAGAAUUUUUAUGAGUAUGUCUGGUACUGAAAGUGUUUAACGAAAAUAGAUACAAUUUCUGGAAGUACUGCUGAAAUUAAAAACUCGCUACGAACUGGAAAUAAAAUGAUGUUAUGUUUAUAAAAAACAUACUUUACUGUUUCAAAGUAACGAUUUCAUCGGCAAAGUGGUCCCCACAUUUUUUUACGCACUGUAUAUAAUAAUUAUUAGAAGAACAUCAUAUUUUCAAUCCGAGGUUACGUUUGACCAAGAAUAUUUCUCGAAUAAUGAUAGAUAUUUAUUUGUACGUCAUCGUAACAAUAAUUAACGACGAAACCGACUCAAAAGCGAAAGGAAUUUUUCAUUUAUACCGCUGGAAAUCGAAAGAAGUUCUGCACAAGGAUGCAAAUUGCAUCGUGCAAUUACAACAGCUUGGAUUUUCAUAUUUGAGGCAAUGCAACGCAAAUACUGCCAUGAAAAUAAUCUUUAUAAAUAUACUUCUGAACCGUACAAAGGAAAGACAAAAAAAAAAGAAAAAAAAGAAAGGGAAAGAUAUUUAGCACGUUCGUAACAAUGCUGAAUGUAUGACUAGACUCCAAUGGUAUUUGUGCGACAGUAUGAAAUCGCAUUAUUUUACCGUAAAUGAAUCGUCUUUCCCUAGUUCGCGGGAUAAAGUUAGCUUUCGUAUAUACAAACGCAAUUGUUGUAAACUGAUACGCGCCAGAAUUAACGCAACACGAAUCAUUGAAUAUCAAAUCAGGUUACAAAAUAAAAAUUAAGGGAAUCUUACGAUUUUUCUACGAACACGUUCUCGUUAACUGUCGUGUAUACGAAUUAAUUCGAUCAACAAAGCUGCGAACAAAUAAUCACCAACUUCCAGCUGAAUUAGACUCAUUGUAAAAAUUGGAAUGUAACAAACAAUUUAUUAUUAUAGGACCACUUUUGUUUUUUAGAAAGAAAGAUACAAAUAAUAUUUUCGUUAUUUAAAAAAUGGAGCAGCGUGACAUGGAAGUUUUGGAGGACAAGGUGAUUAUCAUUCCUUGUUGUCGAUACUGAUAGAUUAAGAAAGCUCACUCUGUUCCGUGAACAUUUUACAAAGCUACACCGCACAAAACAAAAUCUAUUCGAAUUCUAAGGAAAAGUUAAUGACAGGCAUUUUUUGUGCGUUUUAUUAAAAAAAAAAGAAAAAAAAAAGUAACGCACUCAAUGUACAUUUUAAAUAGUAGUCCAGUUGUAAAUGAAUGUUUUAAGUGUUAUUAGUCAUGGCGAACCAAACAAGCGUUAUUAUAAAUAGAGAAUGUCGCAGUAUAAAAGCAACAAACUGAGUGAAAAGCGCUACAUUAACUUUUUCGUAUUAAGUAACAUUGUAAUCACACGUGCCAAAUGAAACUUUAAGGUAUUGAUGAAUUAAGAAAUGAAUUUAAUAAAUGUGUCCUUUCAAACGUUUACUUACUGAAUUAAAUAAAAUAAAUUAAAGUAUCGAUAUAUACAUAUAUAUAUAUAUACAUAUAAGCAGAGAUUAAAGAUAACUUGGAAGUUAAGAAAUUUUCUUUUUAAAUUACAAAAUCUCUGACAACACGAAGAUUUAUAUUCGACUGUUUUGCAGACAGUUUAAUACAGAGAAACGAUACUUUGCCUUUCAAAUGUUAGAAAAACUCUAGAAAUCAGAGGAAAUCAAAAAUUUUAGAAACAUUUCAAUGUUAAAACAACCCGCAUAUUUUUUGUAAUAUAAUUGAGUUAAAUAGACUCACACAGACAUUACAAAUAUUUUCACCGGUGAAAGAAUUGUGUUUUAAACAUUCUUUAAUUUAGAGUUUGUUCUUCCUCAUAUUGCAAUUUUCAUUUCUUGUAACGCAAAAUAAUAAUUUUAUUUUUUCUCUAGCAAACUACACAAUAUAUUAAUUUUGUUAUAUUGAUUUAAUACAAUCAAUACUGUUAUGGAGCUUUCUCAAUAUGGAGCAUUAUCAUUUGGAAAAUAAUUCUAAUACUGAUUUCUUUAAUAUAGAAAGCAAGAGAACAACAAGUUAUAAGUUAAAGAAAGUACAUAAACAAUAAUAACGUUAUCCGUAAUAUCACUGUUACUAUUACUAUCACUAACACUGUCACUGUCACUGUCACUGACACUGCCACUGUCAUUGUUGUUGUGAUUAUUUAUAAUAACGUUAAUAAUAUCGUUAUUAUUGUUUAUUCCAUUGGUUACGUAUUUUACAUGCAUCUCAUUAUUUAAAACGAAAAAUACAUUGAUAAAGUCAUUAAUUAUCUUUAAAGUGUUGUAUGGAGGGCGAUCAAAUACAUAAAUAACAUAAGUUCAUCUAAUUCAAAUAUUUUCUUUGUCAAGUUAACACUGCACAUCCAUAUAUGUAUUGUAAAUGAUCAUUUAUGUAAUUAUUUUAUGUACAAUCAAGUGACUACUCAUAACAAAAACUCACUUCACACAUAAUACGUUCACGAGAUUACGUUUAACAACAAUAUUCUUUGAAUAAGAGUUUAUAAAUUUUUGCCAAUACAUACUUGAAGCUAGUUCCAUAAUAUUAUCAAAUAUUUUAAUGGAAUUUGAUUGAAAUCCUGUGAUAUUACAGUAAAAUAACUAUUAUACUAAAUUAAAUUGUUUUAAGAAUAUUAUCAAGUACAAAUUUAUUAUACGAGUUUAUAGAAACUUGAAAUUGUUAGAAACAGGGACUAAAUUUUCGUACUUUAAAAAGUGAAUCUUUCACAUGUAUUUCUCCCAUUAAUAAAUUGCAUUUAAAAAUAAUCUAACAGGAACAAUAUAAUUAUUCUCGAAGCAUUCAUCUAUUUUUAACAUAACAAUUUAAUAAAAAUUUUACUAAAAUUUCUUAAUUAAUUGUACACACUUUUUAAAUACUAUUUAUGUUAAUAAAUGCUUACUUGUUCGGUUUUUACGAUUGACAUAAGCGAUUUUAAUUUCGUGUAACUUUGGUAAUUAUACUUAUGUUUUAAUCAACUAUGAUUCCAUUCAUUAUUAAACAGUUAUUAUUAAAUUAUCUAGGAUGUGUUACAAGAAUACCAUUAAACAUUACUCAGCAAUUUCAUUUUAUUCUUAAACUUGUAAAGGAAUUAUAAAACAUUAAACAAAAUAUUGUAUGGAUAUUAUGUAUGAACCUAUUAUCAUAUAUUAUCGAAACUCAAUUACAAAAUCAACUAUAAAAAUUCUCAUUCAUUAGAUCUAUUUCCAUGUUUUCUCUAUAAAUAUAUUCGUUUGUCGAUUUUGUUUAAAUUUUUGUUAUAAAGUGAUUUCAAAAUACAGUUUACUCAAUUUUUAAGUUACGAUGUCAAUCCAUUUAACCAAAGUAAUACAUGAAUACGUUUAUUUAAGUGAUAAAACUUUUGAAAGUACACACAUAUUAAUGAAGCAUACGAUCAACUUCCCAGCAGUCGCACUGUUUCAAACAAUGGAUUAAUUCUAGUUUUGCAGAAGGAACAAACAUUAUUCUAAAAUUAUAAGGAAAGUUGGUACUUCGUAUACUUUAAACGUUUACUUUCUUUAUCUUGUAAUAUUACGGGCAAUGUGUAUAUUUAUAAAUAGCUAUGCGACACGCUCAAUAUAUAUUUAUAAAUACAUAUGUGACAUGCUGAGUACGAUAUGAUCACUGUCGCGACCGCUGAAAAGUUGUCCUAUAUACAACAUAUGUACAUGUAUGUAAAUGAAGGCAACUGUUGCCUGUUCAAACACAGGAUUCUUGCAGAGAAAAAUUAUUGUGCAUAAAAAUUAUGCACAAUUUCAUGUACAGAAAAGUCUGACCUCACAAUGUUGUUUAGAAUUUUUCUCUGUAUAUAGAAUCGUAUAUUAAAGUUUCAUACAAAAUAAUUUAUUUUUAUUAAUUAUUGAAGUGUAUAGUUUUUUUUAAGAUACUCCUGUUUACAGUUAACGAACUGAUUAAGAAUUUAUCUUGGGUCGAAAAUAUCAAUUUUAUAAUCUUUAUCGUACAAAGAUUCGCAAAGAAAAGUCUUGCACGCAAACAAAAUGAUUUUUACAAGUUAAAAAUUGUAUUACUCACGUUUUGCGCGGCAGACUUAUAAUCUCCUUGUAAAAAAAAAACAAAAA